AUGCGUUCGACUUCUGCUUUCCUCGCCCUCGCGGCUUCGCUCUCCUCCCUUGCCUCGGCUACACACCAGGGCUUCAACUAUGGUUCGACCAAGUCUGAUGGUUCGUUCAUGUUCCAGAAAGACUUUGAGGACGCAUUCUCGACGGCAAAGAACCUCGUGGGCACAUCUGGAUUCACCUCCGCCAGACUAUUCACCAUGAUCCAAGGUGGAAGCUCUACCAACGAACCUAUCCAAGCUAUUCCAGCAGCUAUUUCUCAAAAGACUUCCCUUCUCCUAGGCCUAUGGGCUUCUGCCGGGGAUGGUCCAUUUGAUGCCGAGAUCACCGCUCUAAAAUCCGCUAUUGAUCAAUACGGGUCGGCCUUCACUGAUCUGGUCGUCGGUAUCUCGGUUGGUAGCGAGGAUCUCUACCGCAUUUCUCCCACUGGCAUCGCUGCAAAGUCAGGAUAUGGUUGCGAGCCUGCCACGCUUGCCUCGUACAUCGGCAAGCUUCGACAAGCUGUUGCCAAUACUCCGCUGUCCAAGUCACCCGUCGGUCAUGUCGAUACCUGGACAGCGUGGGUGAAUGGAUCCAACCAAGCCGUCAUCGACUCCUGCGACUUCAUAGGAAUGGAUGCCUACCCAUACUUUCAAGACACUAUGUCAAACUCCGUCCAGAGUGGCAAGGGUCUCUUCGAAGAUGCUUUGGCCGCGACCCAAGCUGCCGUCGGAGGCCGAGAAGUCUGGAUUACCGAGACCGGAUGGCCCGUCAGCGGUGCUACCGCCAACCUUGGUGUCCCAUCCACCGAAAAUGCUAAGACAUACUGGGACGACGUUGGAUGCCCGAGAUUCGGCAAGGCCAAUAUCUGGUGGUACACACUCCAAGAUGCUGCUCCAGUUACUCCCAACCCUAGCUUUGGCAUUGUCGGCAGCACCUUGAGCACCACCGCUCUGUUCGACCUCUCCUGCUCCAACACUGGUACAUCCAACGACACAUCUGCCAGCCCAAGUGCCAGCACGAGUGUCCCAUCUUCUGUUGUAUCAUCCAUUCGGUCGGCUGCUACCGGUGGAGGCGUCGCAUCAUCCGGUUCUCCCCUUGGGCCCUCUCAAGGCGGUGUCCCUGGAGGAGCGGCAGGCACAGGAUCGGGCCCAGCUCCCACCGGGGGUUCAUCUGGAAACUACACUGCUCCAAUCGGGGGCGGUAGCGGAGUCAAGACCAACCCAGGAGGCUCCAACCCAACCGCAACAGGUGGCUCCAGCCCAGGCGCAACAGGCGGUUCCAGCCCAGGAGGAGCUGGCGGCUCCAACCCAAGUGGAUCAGGCGGCUCCAGCCCAAGCUCCCCCACCGGCGCUCCCGUUAUAAACAGCAAUGGUGCCUCAGUUAUGUCCGCCUCAUUCAUCGGUGCUGUCGGUGCAUUCUUUGCUGCUAUUGUAGCCUUGUAA